AUGAAAUUCUACAUCGACGACUUGCCGGUGCUCUUCCCGUACCCGAAAAUCUACCCGGAGCAGUAUGCUUAUAUGAGCGACAUCAAGAAAACACUCGAUGUCGGUGGCAACUGUAUCCUAGAGAUGCCUUCGGGAACAGGCAAGACGGUGUCGUUGCUUUCGCUUACGGUGGCGUACCAGAUGCAUUACCCAGAACACAGAAAGAUUGUGUAUUGUUCUCGUACAAUGUCGGAGAUCGAAAAGGCCCUUAUCGAGCUUCAGAAGCUUAUGGACUACAGGUCCAGUCAACUAGGGUAUGUGGAGGACUUUAGAGGAUUGGGGCUUACGUCGAGAAAGAACUUGUGUUUGCAUCCGGAGGUCCGCCAGGAGAGAAAGGGCGCUGUUGUCGAUGAGAAGUGCAGAAGACUCACCAACGGACAGCUCAAGCUGAAACUCGAGUCGGAGGGUGUGUCUCAGGAACAGAUGAUCCAGAACCCUGACCAGCUAGGGCUCUGCUCGUACCACGAGAAGUUGAAUGACUUUGAUCAGCAUGACCUUUUGCCCCAGGGCGUGUACUCCUUUGAGUCGUUGCUUGAGUACUGCAAGAAGGAGGGCACUUGUCCGUACUUCACAGUCAGAAGAAUGAUUUCCUUCUGUAACGUCAUUAUUUAUUCCUAUCACUACUUGUUGGACCCGAAGAUCGCAGAAAGAGUGUCCAAAGAGCUCUCCAGAGAUAGUAUCAUUAUUUUCGACGAGGCUCACAACAUCGAUAACGUCUGUAUUGAGUCGCUAUCGCUAUAUUUGACUGACGACACGAUGAAGCGAGCGUCACGAGGUGCUAAUAAGCUCGCUGAUGCCGUGGACGAGAUGAAGGCCCAGGAUUCGGAAAAACUCCAAAACGAGUACGAGAAGCUCGUGGAAGGUCUAAGGCAGAACGAGAUUGCCAGAGAAGAGGACCUCUUUAUGGCCAAUCCUGUGCUACCCAAAGAUCUCUUGGACGAGGCCAUUCCGGGCAAUAUCAGAAAAGCCGAGCAUUUCAUCUCCUUCUUGAAACGUUUCAUUGAGUACUUGAAGACGAGAAUGAAGGUUCUCCAUGUCAUCAGUGAAACGCCUGUCUCGUUUCUUCAGCACUUGAAGGAACUCACCUUCAUCGACCGAAAACCAUUGCGCUUCUGUUCAGAACGUCUAUCGCUUUUGGUCAGAACACUCGAACUUGCUGAUGUUGAGGAUCUUAAUGCCUUGAAAGACAUUGCAACGUUUGCAACUUUGGUUUCUACCUAUGAAACCGGUUUCCAGCUUAUUCUCGAGCCCUUCGAGACCGAGGGGUCCCAGGUUCCUAAUCCCAUUUUGCAUUUCACCUGUUUGGACGCCUCCAUUGCUAUCAAGCCCGUCUUCGACAGGUUUUCAUCGGUUAUCAUCACCUCAGGAACAAUCUCCCCCUUGGAUAUGUACCCCAAGAUGAUGAACUUCCAGACGGUCAUUCAAGAGUCAUAUACCAUGACAUUGGCCAGAAGGGCGUUCUUGCCGAUGAUCGUCACCAAGGGCUCAGACCAGGUGUCUAUUUCCUCGCGAUUCGAGAUCAGAAACGAUCCCUCCGUGGUCCGUAACUACGGAUCGUUGCUUAUAGAGUUUUCCAAGAUCACGCCCGAUGGUAUGGUUGUUUUCUUCCCGUCAUAUCUCUACAUGGAGUCGAUUAUCUCGAUGUGGCAGAGUAUGGGUGUGCUUGAUGAGGUGUGGAAGUACAAGUUGAUCUUGGUGGAAACGCCUGAUGCGCAGGAGACGUCGUUGGCGUUGGAGACAUAUAGAAAAGCAUGUUCCAACGGAAGAGGUGCAGUGCUUCUCUCGGUGGCUCGUGGUAAGGUUUCCGAGGGAAUUGAUUUUGAUCAUCACUACGGAAGAACCGUCCUCAUGAUUGGUAUUCCAUUCCAGUACACCGAGUCGAGAAUCUUGAAGGCCCGUCUUGAAUUCAUGAGAGACCAUUUCCAGAUUAAAGAGAACGACUUCCUUUCUUUCGAUGCCAUGCGACACGCUGCCCAGUGUUUGGGACGAGUCCUUCGUGGUAAAGACGACUACGGAAUCAUGGUUUUAGCAGACAGAAGAUUCGCAAGAAAGAAGAACCAACUUCCCAAAUGGAUCGCCCAGGCGCUUUAUGACUCCGACACCAAUCUCUCCACAGACAUGGCGCUUGCAAGCGCCAAGAAGUUCUUGAGAUCGUUGGCACAACCCACCAACUCCAAAGACGCUGAAGGUGUAUCAGUGUGGGACCUCCAGCAGUUGGAGGAACACCAGAGACAGCAGCAAAAGAAGAUGGACAAGAGAAUUGAGGACAACGUCGAUGUCGAGGACAAAGGAGAAGACGAUUUCAUGGACUUGGACGAUGCCGACCUCGAGCUUCUCUAG